AUGGAUCCUCCAGCGUCUAUAUUCCAAGAUGUUACAGCAGAGAAUAAACCGAAUCCUGCCAGCAUAGGAGCACCGGCUGCAAUAGCUCGCUCUUUAGUGUUGCAGAGCCUAGCAUUGUGGUAUAGGACACCGAUAAAGCUUUUCAGACCACUUAGAGUCGACUAUUUGCUUAUGGCUAGGGCUAUUCUACCACCUCCGACAAAUAGCAGAUUUUCUUUUCAAUCAACAAGUCUUGGUAUGAUAUCACAUGCAGUCAAACAUUAUGGCUUCACCUUUAUCCCUCGACACAUUCUUCCGCCACUAAUAGCAAAUUCCCUAAUCGGUGGCGUAUUAUAUACAGUCUAUGUCUCAGUCUUACCACGCUUCCAUGCUUCCUUAUCAUACAAUACUCAACAAGCCAUACCUCCACCCUUUUCUGCCGUAUUUCUAUCGGGGGCAUUAGCUGGAGCAGCACAAUCAUUCGUUGCAACACCGAUGGAUUCGCUGAAGGUGCGUUUUGAAGUGAAUGAUCUCUUAACAGGAAAGCAUAAAAGCAUGAUAGACUACGCGAGAACUACGUGGAAAGAAUUGGGAUGGGCAAGUAUUUAUCGUGGGUUCGGACUGACUUUGGCUAAGGAUUCACUGUCAUGCGGUCUAUUUUUCGGUGUCUUUGAGUUUGUAAAGGAACAAUGUUAUCGCACCUUUAUAUCUUCCUUCUAUCCACUUUCUCCGUCUUCAACCUCUUCUCUAUCCUUUCCCUCUUCUUUCCCACAAUCAACUCCGUCGCCAUUGCUCGAACCAACCUUCGUUCUAAUUGCCGGUGGCCUUGCUGCUAUUUCAUAUCAUAUCGUAGAUCACCCUCUCGAUAAAAUCCGUAAUGUUUUCUUAAUCGAAGAAGCUCAAGCAGAAUUUCAACAUUUGCAACGUCCGAAACUUUACAAACUCACUUUUGAACAAUGUAAAAUUAUGGCCUCGCGUGUAGGUUGGCGUAAGUUUUUAUAUGGUGAAUUUGGGGGAACAGUUUUGAGGGCUGUGCCAGCUACGAGUGUGGGAUUUUUGGUAUUUGAAAUUAUGAAAAGGAAAAUAGAUCAGAGAUACUAUGGGGACGAUGGAUUGAAGGUUUGGGGGAACAGAAAUCGAAUAGAACAGACAAUAGAUUAG